UAAUUAAUGUCAUAAAAAUUUGGUCCUCUUUAAAUAAAAAAGAAAAUACAAAAAACAAAUCCAACUGAAAAAAAAACAUAAAAUUAACAAGAGCCAAUAGAUAGUUAUAAUAUAUCAUUAAUUUAUAAGAGUUAGAUAUUGAUAAUGAUAAAUUUUAAAAAUAAUAAUUCAAUCCAGUUGAAUUGGCUUAGUAAGGUAGAACAGGAAAGACAUUAGCAGAAAUAUAAUAUGAUUUAGUUAGAUUAAAGAGAUUAGGUGAGAAAAUUGAAAAAGUAAAUGCACUUUAAAUAUUUAUAGAAAAUGGAAUUAACCUACAGAUAAAAAAUAGAAACUUUCAAUAAGAAAAUUUAAAAGAUGCCUGAACAUUAUGAUAUUCCAAAAGUUGGUCCAGGCUGA